CGUGUUUUUUUUUUGUUUAAAUUCAUCAGUUGAAAUACCAGCAAUCGAUUUCGGUUCAGAUCAACGAUUAGUUUUGCUGUUCAAUCAUUAUUUGUUUUAAUAUAAUGGUAUUUUAACAGCUUUCGACCGUUUUAAUGUUUUAAAAAUAGUACACAAUACUUAAAUUUUUCAAAUCUGUAUGCAUCACUGGCCAAUAUCAAUAAACCUUAAGCCAAAACUGUGACCGUGAAUAUUCAGCGGCGGAGAAACGCGCAGCGCAUUAAUAAUUAACUAAUUUUCAUGCAAGCAAACCGAUCGGAAGACAGCGCAGAAUACAGUUUAUCGUUGAAACAAUAUCAAUUAUCAUCAAAACAAAUUGCGCAUCCAACUCCCAGUAUGUUUGUGUACAAAAGAUAAAAACGCGGGACCAUCAAUGGGAACGUCAAAUAUUCGCCGAUAAAAAUUGGUGCGGGUGUGGCAUUUAUUUUACCAAUUAUUGCAUAAAUGUUGAGUAAACAACUAGUGGGUGACUGUUCCUGCAACCCCAACCUCUGCUGGCUGCUGCCCAUUAUUUGGAUUUCACUUGAAUAAUGCCGGGCACAUCAUUCCCCGCGAAUAAUGACAACUUCAGCAACGGAUUUCCCCUGCCAAGCACACAAGCUGAGCGGCUGCUGCAGGCUCAAAACAGGCGAAAGUUUAGUUUUCCAGCGACUCUACACUCGACGACCCUCCUCGAGGUGAACCAGCGUGAGUCGACCCUUCGACGACUGAGCAAUGUCAGCGAUGUGGUCACACGCAAGCUCUCUUAUACGAUAGGCUGGAAGGCUGCACAAAUACCUGCUCAGGACAUCAUCUCCCAGGGGCGCUGUCUUUGCGGGCAUUACAUUAAACGACGUCUGCGGCGAUCAGGUCUCUUCAAUAAAAAGCUGGGCCUGCAACGCAUCCGGAGCAUUUUAGGAACCACACCCACGAGUAUUGUGCGCGAGGUUUUUCCGGCAGUACAAGUGCUGGGCGACGAACUGGAGCGCAUGCAUCCGCGGGUCUACAACGGCGUUGCGCGCCAAAUAUGUCGAAAUCCAGGUGGCGAAUUUCAUACACCCGAUGCUGUGACUAUUCUUUUGGGAGCUGUGGGCCGUGAACUCUUCCAAACGGGCAUAACCUGGAGCAAGGUAAUUUCAUUGUUUGCCAUUGCGGGUGGACUGUCCGUAGACUGUGUGCGCCAGGGACAUCCCGAGUACUUGCAAAAGCUGAUGCAGGGCGUCGAGGAUGUAAUCGAAGAUGAACUCGUACAUUGGAUCAACGAGAAUGGCGGCUGGAAUGGCAUCAAUACGCACGUCCUGCCAACUACGAACAGUCUGAAUCCAUUGGAGUGGACUACACUGGUUAUUGGUGUGGUCUUUGGUUUAAUUUUAAUUUUUAUGUUUUUGCGAUUUAUUAUAACAACACUGAUACCGAAAAUAUAUCAACGCACUACUGAUUAAGAUCAAAACAAUUACAAA